AUGGCUCCAACGUUACAACAGUGCCCUGUUUGCUUUAACCACUAUAGAAGCUCCGGUGAUCCUCUCGGCCUGGAUUACUCUGGUGUUUUUGACAAGCUGACGGCCGUGCUGACGGCCGGGACGCCGGAGCAGGGAAACGUUUCAGCAGCCGCCAGACUUGUCUGCUCGCCCGAGGGCCUGGCAGAAAACACGCCUGAAACCUUAGAAAAACUGCGCAGGAACCAACAAAAACCAUCUGGCAUUUCAGUGCAAGAUGGCAAGCGACCAGACGGUUGUACUCUUACUCCCUGGAGAGCCGGUAAAUGUUUGGCUUGGGAUGUUACGGUUUCUGGUACCUUGGCCGAGCGCUACGUUCACCUUACCAGCAAAAAAUGUGGGUUGGCUGCAAUCAGGGCAUCGGACGAAAAAAUUAAAAAAUAUGAACACGCUCUGUCUUCCUUAGAUUUUUUGCCUAUAUAUAUCAAGGUCCUUGGACCCAUGGACCCCAAUACUUCAAAAUUUAUUAAAACAUUGUGUAAAAUGAUUGGUGUUUGGUCAGGUGACAACAGAGAGUUCUUUUUUGCAAUAAACCACAUCUCGUGUUUGUUGCAGCGAUUUCUGCGUGUUUGUGUGUCGGAAAAUAUUAAUUUAAACGCCGACGUGUGA